AGGAAUCAGUCAGUUGGAGAAACAGUUUCCUAGAGGCAGAAGCAGCAACAUUUAUGAAAAACACUGGAGCAGUUAUGGAUUCAUCUGGCAUUCAAAGGAAGAAGAUAGCUGUCAUUGGUGGUGGAUUGGUUGGGUCAUUAAAUGCAUGCUUUCUUGCAAAAAGGAAUUUCCAAGUUGAUGUAUAUGAAGCUCGGGAAGAUAUUCGAGUUACAAAAUUUGCACGUGGAAGAAGCAUUAACUUGGCCCUUUCUUAUAGAGGACGGCAAGCCUUGAAAGCCAUUGGCCUAGAAAAUGAGAUUGUAUCCCAAGGAAUUCCCAUGAGAGCAAGAAUGAUUCAUUCUCUUUCAGGUAAAAAGACUGCAAUUCCUUAUGGGACAAAGUCUCAGUUUAUUCUUUCUAUAAGCAGAGAAAAACUAAACAAGGAUCUAUUGACUGCUGUUGAGAAAUAUCCUAAUGUGAAGCUGCACUUUGGCCACAAGUUGUUGAAAUGUAACCCUGAAGAAGGAAUGAUCACAGUGCUUGGAUCUGACAAAGUUCCUAAAGACAUUACAUAUGACCUCAUUGUGGGAUGUGAUGGAGCCUAUUCAACGGUCAGAAGCCACCUCAUGAAGACACCCCGUUUUGAUUACAGUCAACAAUACAUUCCUCAUGGGUACAUGGAGUUGACUAUACCACCCAAGAAUGGAGAUCAUGCCAUGGAACCCAAUUAUCUGCAUAUUUGGCCGAGAAAUACCUUUAUGAUGAUUGCACUUCCCAACAUGAACAAAUCGUUCACGUGUACUUUGUUCAUGCCAUUUGAGGAGUUUGAAAAACUCCUAACCGGUAGUGAUGUGCUGGACUUCUUCAAAACUUACUUUCCAGAUUCCAUCCCUCUAAUUGGAGAGAAUGCCUUGAUGCGAGAUUUUUUCCUGUUGCCCGCACAGCCCAUGAUCUCCAUAAAGUGUUCAUCUUUUCACUUAAAAUCUUGCUGUGUGUUGAUGGGAGAUGCUGCUCAUGCUAUAGUGCCCUUUUUUGGACAAGGAAUGAAUGCGGGCUUUGAGGACUGCCUUGUAUUUGAUGAGCUAAUGGAUAAAUUCAAUAAUGACCUUAGUGUCUGUCUUCCUGAAUUCUCACGAUUUCGAAUUCCUGAUGACCAUGCAGUUUCAGACUUAUCUAUGUACAAUUACAUAGAGAUGCGAGCACAUGUCAACUCAAGGUGGUUCAUCUUCCAAAAGAACAUAGAAAGAUGUCUACAUGCUCUAAUGCCGUCUACCUUUAUCCCUCUCUAUACAAUGGUUACCUUUUCCAGAAUAAGAUACCGUGAAGCAUUGCUGAGGUGGCGUUGGCAAAAAAAGGUAAUAAACAAAGGUCUCUUUUUCUUUGGCACCCUGAUGGCCGUCAGUAGUACCUACCUGCUGGUACGCAACAUGCCCUCUCGAACUAUGGAGUGCUUAAGAAGACCGUGGAACUGGAUAGAUUACUUCCAGAAUAUAGGACAUGGCUCAGUACAAUUUUAGAGAUUCCUCUGUAACCACAAUUAAGAAUUUAAAAUGUGUUUCCAACAUAUUUAAUUCGCUAAUGAAAAAUUAAUGUAGAGAUUAAUUAAUUUGAGAUUGCAAUUUAAUCCAAUUUAGACUGUGUGCUAACUGCAAUUGUGGGGGAGGGGGGAGACUAUUACUUUUUAAGGGACACAGCACACAGCUUCACUGCAAUAUUACCCUCAGAUUAGUUUAAAUAUAGAUAUUGAGGUCUCUUUCACUGCUGAAUAAAGGAGGACUCAGAGGUCUCAGGGAAGACACCAAUCGGGCCUUUUUCUCUAAAGAACAUAGUAAACGCAGAAUAUGAUUGACUUGACACCUGAAAUUAAGCACCCUACCCUGCCUAACGUGCUAAUUGCUCUUUCCAUCAUCUGGAUGGAAUUUAUUUAACCGCAGUGCUCAAAUGCAUUUGAAAAAAAUCUGAAGUGCAAAUGGAAACUUCUCUUUUUGAUGGUGGGGGGGAUUCAGAGAACUACAAGAGAGAUCUAUUUCAUCUCCCACUUUUCAGACUCCAGUACUACCUUUGAAGAUAAGAGAAAGCUGCUAAUGCCAUAGGAAAUGAAGCCUAAGAAAGGAAUGUAUUCAUAAACAGAGUUGAAAUAGGACAGACAGCGUUCUUGGAAAUAGAAAGUCGUAUUUUAUUGCAUUUCAGACCCUCAGCAAUUUAUUAAUUUGUUUUCCCAUUACAUACUCCAGCAGAAGUAAUCAACUUGAUUAUUAAAAGUAAAUUUAUUUUAAAAGUGUAUUCUUUAGUUCUUCCUUCAAUAGGCUGACCUAGUCGAUUAGGACCCCUUCAACAAUGAUUAUUCCUGAAGAGGCACUACUAGUAAGACCGUAAUGUAAGACAUAACAACCAGGCAAGACUUUUUUUUAAGGUUGUAUUACUUUAAUGUAUUGCCAAAGAAUAUGUUCCAUUUAUCAAUGCUAAGUCCAAACACUGAGCCUUGGAAAAUGGUCUCUAUAUUAACAUUGACCAUUAGUUAUCCAGUGGAUUGGUUGAUAAACAAUAAAGAUUGUCAUUUAGAAAAUA